AAAGGUUUCUGUUUGCGAAAUUUCCCUGUGAUUUUGAUAAGAUUGUCAACAACUUUUGGUUUAUGUUAAAGUUCUUAAAAUAUUAGUGAAUGGACAUAUUUCAGUGAUAAAAAGCAGCAUCUGAUUUUCUCAGCAAUGGAGAAAUUUCUAUUUUUUGGAGUCAUUCUGAUAUUUCUGGCCUUCACAACUGCAGAUGAUGGUCAUUGUAUUAUGAGAGGAAAUUGUGCUCUUGACGAAGUCUCUCAAUUAAACAAGCCAUGUGUAUAUAAUGGAACUGCUUUACCUUUGAAUGAUACUUCUGCUGAAACCUUUUUAGAUGAUAUCUGUCCAACUUUAGUGAAAGGAGAAAAUGGUUCGGUGUGCUGUGAUGCUUCACAGUUGAGUGUUUUACAGGAUAAUAUUGGUGCCCUGUCUGCUAUUUUCGGACGUUGUCCUUCAUGUUUCCAUAAUUUAGCCACAUACUUUUGUCAUUUGGUUUGUUCCCCAAAUCAGAGCUUGUAUGCCAAAGUCAGUAACUAUACGACUUCAAAGGAUGUUCAAUCUGUAAAUAUGUUAGAUUUCUACAUGAAUGAAGAUUUUGCUACAGGCAUGUUUGACUCUUGUAAAAAUGUGCAGCUUGGAUUCUUACCCAGUGUUGCUAUCGGUGCCAUAUGUGGUGGUCAUUCGGAUGACUGCACUCCUCAUCAAGUGUUCUAUUUUUUCGGCAGCAGCCCCCCAGCCCCCUACAGAAUCAAUUUCUUCUUUGAAACUGCAAGUAAUGUCACAGUCAAUGAUACCAUAUUUUAUCCAAUGAAUGAAACGACUAUUCCAUGUUCUCAAGCUGUCUCUCCUGGCGGUGAUUCUUGUUCCUGUGUUGAUUGUCCUUGCCACCCUAAGCCACCUGCUGUACCUGAUGCACAUGAGCGGAAGUUCAUCAAUUUGCCAUUUAUGGAAGGAGUCAUGCUCGUUGUGUAUCUUGUGUUGACUGCCAUAAUUGUCGCCGUAUUUGUCGUCGUACAGUCUCGGAAGAAAGACGAUGAUGAAGAGUUUCUGAUAUUGGUGGAUAAAUAUGAAAGGAAAGCAACUGCAUGUGAAAGGUGGGGAACUUCUCUUGAUGAAUGGCUUAAGAGUGUUUUCACCAAGUGGGGUGUAAUUUGCGCAACAUACUGUAUUCCUGUGCUAUUGAUAGGCUUGGCACUUUGCAUUGUGUUUUCGUUGGGUCUGUUUUUCUUCACCGUCACUACUGAUCCUGUAGAACUGUGGUCUGCACCUAGUAGUCAUGCAAGAGAAGAAAAGCAGUACUUUGAUGAACAUUUUGGGCCAUUCUAUCGUACUGAACAAGUUAUCAUAUCACGUAUAAAUAAAGAACCUGUUGGAAAUAAUUUGACUUAUAGCUCUGUGUUUGAUAGGCAGUUUCUUCAUAAGAUUUUGCAACUUCAGACUGAUUUAGCCAACAUAGUUGUUCAGGAGGAUGGAAAAAAUAUAACUUUGAAAGAUAUUUGUUAUGCACCCGUGGAAAAACGGAAAUGUAUGAUUCAAAGUCCUGUAAACUGGUUUCAGAACAGCAAAAAACAUCUGGAUUACUACAAUGACACAGACACUUAUCUGAAUUUCAUCAAAAAUUGUACCUCGAAUCCAUUUUACGUCCAGAAAGUAGGGCUUUCAUGUUUAGGCGAUUAUGGUGGUCCAGUUUUUCCUUAUGUUGCUCUUGGAGGAGUUGAAAAUGAUUAUUAUCCCAAUGCAACUGCUGUAAUUUUGACAUUCAUGGUUGACAAUCGUAUGGACGAAGAACGUAAUAAAGAUGCUGAAGCUUGGGAGAAAGAAUUUAUAGCCUAUCUGAAGAACUUUUCUGAUCCUGAUAUGGAAUUUGCAUUUUCAGCCCAAAGGUCCAUAGAAGACGAAUUGGAUCGAGAAAGUCACUCAGAUGAAGUUACAAUUCUUGUCAGUUAUCUAGUCAUGUUUAUUUAUGUUUCUGUAACUUUAGGACAGUAUCACUCAUGUGGAUUACUAUUUGUUCAAUCAAAGAUGCUUCUUGGCCUGGCAGGUGUUCUUAUUGUCCUCAUUUCUGUUGUUUCAUCCAUCGGAAUACUUAGUUACGCAGGAAUACCAGCAACUUUAAUUAUAAUAGAAGUUAUUCCUUUCCUUGUAUUAGCUGUUGGAGUUGAUAAUAUUUUCAUAAUUGUGCAAGCCUAUCAGAGAUCAAGAAGAGGAAAUCUGGAGACAAGACAACAGCAUAUUGGAAGAGUGGUUGGUCAAGUUAUUCCUUCAAUACUCCUUGCAAGUUUUGCUGAGUCUUCCUGUUUUUUCCUGGGUGCUCUCUCAACAAUGCCAGCUGUCCAUGCAUUUGCACUGUAUGCAGGAUUAGCUUUGUUAAUUGAUUUUCUUCUUCAAAUAAGCUGUUUUGUUGCAAUAUUAUCUCUUGAUGCUGCUAGAGAAGAAUCGGGUCGCUUAGACAUCUGCUGCUGUGCCAAAAUUGAAAACUCAGAACCACCUAGUCAUAAGAUGGGCUUUUUAUACAACAUCUUUAACAAGUAUUAUGCUCCUGUCUUGAUGAAAAACUAUGCACGAUAUUGUGUCCUUUUAGUGUUUUCUUUCUGGUUGUGCCUUUCUAUCAGUGUCAUAGACAAAAUAAAUGUUGGAUUAGAUCAAAAACUGUCAAUGCCAAAAGACUCUUAUGUUUUGAAAUACUUUUCCUAUCUUGAAAACUAUCUGUCCGUUGGUCCACCAGUUUAUUUUGUUGUGAAGUCUGGGUACAAUUAUUCUGCUGUAGAGGAACAGAAUGCACUGUGCAGUGUUGUUUUCUGUUCACAUGAGUCUUUAGUCACCCAAGUAUCCGAUGCAUCUAAAUUCUCCAACAUAACAUAUAUUGCUCACCCCCCAAUGUCUUGGUUGGACAACUAUAUAAGUUGGUCAAAUUCACAAGAUCGGAGAAAAGGCUGUUGCAGAGUAUAUGCAAAUGAUUCUUCAAAAUUUUGCCCACCGUCAGUGAAAUCUCCCUAUUGUCAGUCGUGUGGAAUUACAGAUCAAAAAAACUUAAGGCCAACACCUGAUAAAUUUAAUUCUUUCUUACUAGCCUAUCUAAGUGAAAACCCUACACCUGAUUGCCCUGUUGCUGGUCAUGCUGGAUUUUCACAGGCUAUAGAAAUUAUUGGAAAUGAUACAGUUGGAGCCACUCAUUUUUUGACGUAUCAUACUAUAUUGAAGACAUCCGAUGACUACACAGAAGCCUUGAGGUGGGCUAGAAAAAUUGCUGACAACAUUACCCUCACAAUCAAGUCGACUAAUGUCAGCGAUCCCGUUGAAGUUUUUCCAUACAGUGUCUUCUAUGUGUUUUACGAGCAAUACUUGACUGUGUCGGGUGAUGCUGUCCGUAAUAUCGUAAUUUCAAUUGUGGACAUAUUUUUAGUCACAGUUGUACUAAUGGGCCUAGACUUUCACUCAGCAAUAAUAAUGGUUUUCACCAUCUUGAUGAUUUUGUUUGAUUUGAUGGGAUUAAUGUACUUUUGGGACAUCUCCCUGAAUGCUGUAUCACUUGUAAACUUGGUUAUGGCUGUUGGAAUAUCAGUCGAAUUUUGUUCGCACAUUAUUCGAUCCUUCGCAUUUGACUCAGAAGGCAGCAAAGUUGAUAGAGCUCGAAACGCUGUUGCACAUAUGGGAAGUUCUGUACUGUCUGGCAUCACUCUGACAAAAUUUGGAGGAAUUGUGGUUUUAGCUUUCUCAAAAUCUCAAAUUUUCCAAAUAUUCUAUUUUCGGAUGUACCUUGGAAUAGUUCUAAUAGGGGCUAGUCAUGGCUUGAUAUUCCUACCUGUUUUCCUGAGUAUAAUUGGGCCACCUAAAAAGCAAAAGCCUCAUCCAAAGUCACAAGGGAAGCCAUUAAAAGACACUUUAGAUGACGAGCCAUUGGAGUCCAGCAUUGUUUCAUAAACCUUCACAUUAAAGCAGUCAACUAUGUACAGUGAAUUGAAUCAUGAUUCCUUUUUCAUUCAAUCAUUAUUUUAUCCAACUUUAGCUAUAUUUUAUUUUUACAAACUUUUAACAAUAUAGCUAUCAUUUAUAGUUAGUUCAUUGAUUGUACAAUUGUACUUUGUAUAUUUGUUUUUAUCAUUUUUUAAAAACAAAAAAUAAAUAGGAAGAUUUCAUAAUUAUUGCCUUUAUAAAAUAUGUUAAAAUAGCUUAAAAAUAUAUAAAAGUUUUUACUUUUCUUCCCUCUCAAACUAAAAAAAAUCUACCAUUUAUAUCUUCAAUUAGUUCUGAAUCAUAUAUUCUACCAUUAUAAUCAGAAAAUCACAAUAGCAGUUAUUUCAGUGUGACUAGUGGAUGAACAGUCAAUUGUAAUAUUCUUUUGAAACAUUGUGAGAAAAUAAUUUUUUUUUUUUACAUAUUGUUAGUUUGCUUAACUGAAAUUAAAAUUUUAUGUAUUAAAAUUGUGUAUGAAAAGUUUUUGAAUUUCAAACUUUAUCUACAGAAAACGUUGCUAUCUAUUUCACUUUGUGUUAUGUUGUUGUCACUCUUGUUAAAAAAGAAAGACUUUCUGAAGUGAGUGUUGACUGUUGAGAAUCGCAUUUUAUUGCUGUGUAUUUUCUAAACUUGUAUGAUUAAAAAGGAUAGUUUUUCGAAAUUCAAAAACAUUUUCAUUUUUAUAUAGAAUAAAAUUUGAAUGAUGUAUAUUGUUUCAACAUUUUCUCUCAAACCAAGUUUUAAAAUCUCAUUUUAUUAGUGUGAUAAAAAUAGUUACAUGUUAUGUAAGUACUGUAUUUAUACAUUCUCAUGUAUUAUGUAAAUAGAAAUAAACUUUAUAACUGUUA